GGCGCUCCCUCAGCACCGACCCUCCGACAGCGUGGCUCUCCCUCGGCGCCAGCCUUAUGCAGCACACUGCAACGUGAAGUUGUCUUUGUUGCUGUGGUAAACUGGCUUGGGCGCAGAUAGCCCUGCACAUGCUGUGUGUUCCCGAGAGCUUUCCUGCUAAUAAUAGCAGUUGCAGUCAAAGAGCAGAAGCUGAUGAUCUGCCUUCUCGUUAAGAAUGGUUAAGCAGUAUCCUGCAUCAUUUUAUUUGCUUAGUGACACAUUCUGAAAAUGCAGAAAAUAGAUUCUUUCUCCAUUUUUAAUGUUGUAGGGGCAGUAAUUAUGCCAGCUGACCAACUUCCGAGCCGAACGAUUUUGUUUGAGAAGGGGAAGGAGACUGUAUACCGCAUCCCCUCACUCCUCUACCUCAAGGAGCACAACAUUUUUUUAGCCUUUGCAGAGGAACGAAUGUCAUUCCAGGAUGUGGAUGCAAAGCUUCUGGUGAUGAGGAAGGGCUCGUUUAUCGGAGGAUCAGUGAAGUGGGAGGACAUGGUACCACUGAAGACGGCUAUGCUGCCUGGGUAUCGGACAAUGAACCCAUGCCUGGUGUAUGAGCGGAAACGUGGAGUGAUUUACUUGUUCUUCAUCUGUGUCAAAGACGGUGUCACGGAGGAGCAGCAGAUCUGGUGGGGCAAAAACUGGGCCAGGCUGUGCUACGUGCUGAGCCAAGAUGCUGGACAUAGUUGGACAGAGCUGACGGACCUGACCGACACGGUCCUCGGCAGCCAGCUCUGCAAAUGGGCCACCUUCGCGGUGGGACCCGGUCACGGUUUGCAAACACAGCAAGGGAGGCUCAUAGUCCCUGCCUAUGCCUACAUCAUCUGCCGGAGGUGCUGUCUGAUCCCACCUAAGUACUUCACACACCCCCACUCUUUCUAUAUCUUCAGUGACGACAGUGGAGACAACUGGAAGCUAGCAGAACCAAUAACUAAGUACCAGGCACUGGAGUGUGAGCUGGCAGAGAUCACCAUCACUGACAGCCACCAUCUGCUGUACUGCAAUGCCCGAACACGCGGGCAUCACAGAAUGGAAGCAGUGAGCCUAGACCCUGGCCACUUUGAAAUUGUCCGCUUGGCCAAGGGACUGCCAGAAUCGAAGGCCGGUUGUCAGGGGAGUGUGGCGAGUUUCCGUCUCCCAAACCCAGUCACUAUUCCAUUCAGAAGGUCAACAAUUAGAAAGACUGACACAGAGGUCAAGAUGUCCUGGCUCCUAUAUACACACCCAGCAGGGAAAUCCUGCUGUUUCUUUCACAAACGCAAUCGGACUAACCUGGGUGUUUACAUCAAUCUGAUGCCCCUGAAACCUAAAGGUUGGUAUGGACCCUGGAUCAUCCAGGCUGGGCCCAGUGGUUACUCUGACCUUGUGUACCUUGAUGGGAUGGGAACCUUUGCUUGUCUGUAUGAGUGUGGUAUCUCAAAGUUCUGGGAACAAAUUGCUUUCUGUCUUUUCAGCAUCAGUGAGGUAUUGGAAAAUAUCUUUUAGUCACAUCUCCAUAAUAAGGUUGACAGAAGAGCAAUUCUUUCACUGCCUUCUAGAAGUGACCUCCAUUUAGAAAUAGCCCUCCAAGUUCCAGUGCAUGAAGGAGAAUGUUGGGCCACAUGAGAGUGAGUGUCUGUGUUAGAGUUGGGAGCUGUGUGUUUGUAUGUUGUGUUCAAAUUGGGGGAAUGUGUGCGCACAAGAGUUGGAGGGUGUGAGAGAGUUUUCGGUGUGUGUUAGGAUUGAGGGUGAGAGUUUUGGGUUUGUGAGUGAGUAUUUUGGACAAGUAUGUGAGAGUUGUGGGGUUGAGAGAGAGAUUUGAGAGAGUGAGUGAGUGAGCAUCGGAGGAGAGUGUAUGUGCACAUGCACCUGCGAGCAUUGGAGGGGAGUGCGUGCACGUGCGAGCUUUGGGGGGGUGUGUGUAUAUGUGUAUGUGUAUGUGUGUCUUUGUGUGGGGCUAUGAUACAUGGAGAUAUUUGAGUGUGAAUAUUAGCUCAGAGCUGGUCAGCCAAACAUUCCACCUCCCGAAUAUGUUGAAGGAGAGAUUCGGGAAUAUGUUGAACACUUCCUAGAUCUUGGCAGCCGUCUCGCUCCAAAGGCCACCAUUGACAAAGAGACCCAACACUGGGUUAGGUGCACCAUCUCAGCUUUCAACAAACUACAGCAGUGAGUGUUUUGAAGAGGUCUUUGCUGUUAUUCAACAGAAGGCCUAGUCUACAGAGCACACUCCCAUGCUGCUGAGACCUGGACAGUGCAUCCAUAACACAGGGAAAUUCCAUCAGCAAAGCUUUCACUGCGGUUUCUGGAUUCAGUGGGAGGACCAUUGAAUUAAUGCUAAGGUCCUUCCUGAAACCUGCUCCACAAAUAUUUCAGUCAAAACUGCUGUAAAUCAAUGAUCAUCGAGCUGACACACCUCAAAUCUGUUAGCCAUCAUUCCUGGCUGUUAAAUGUCCAUCUUCUAAGGACAAAGAAAUCACCACAAUGACAUCCCAAAUCUCUCAUUUGAAACACAGCAGCAUUGUCAGUAAUGACUGGGAAGCAACAAUUUGUCCAUUCAGCUGCAUCAGUCUCAAUGUCCUACUGACGUAGGGCAAUGACAGAGAAGGAAGGGAAAGAAAGUAAAUCCAGCUUUUAACUUCCUGGAACACCGUGCCUCAUCUGUCCAAGGAUAUGUGGAUCAAGAAAUAGCCUUCUCAGUCACUUAAAGAUCGAUGGCAGAAACUGAUGACCGUGGUAAACGUCACCCUCAAACCAAUAAGCAGCCAAUAACAAUAUUGUGUGAGAGAGUGUAGUAUGCAUGUGAAAAUAUGAGUGUAUGUAAGUGCAUUGUAUGAUUGUGUUGGAGGGUGUGUGAGUAAAUAUAUGUGUACAUGAAUGUGUGUUUGAAGUUUGUUAAUAUUUGAACAUGAGUGCAUGGAAGGGUGUGUGAGAUAACGUACGUGCAUGCAGAAAUUCCUGUGUGUACUUGAGUGUGUUCAGGAUUCUGCAGGUGUACUAUGUAGGUAUGUAAAUGUGAGAAAGUUAGUACAUGUCUAAGUUGCAUGUGAUUACAUGUAAGUUUGAACAUGACUGCCCAUGUACGUGUAAGUGUGACUGUGUGUAUGAUUGUGUGUGAGUCUGUGUAUCUAUGUAAGAUUAAGUACAUGUGAGACUGAGUGAGAGUAUGUGAGUAUUGUGCACAUGUAAGAAAAAGACCAUGAGGCUAGGAACAUCAUGUCUGUAUGAGGUCAUGCGUGCAUGUGUGUGAGUGUAUUGUGUGUGCGCGCACGCGUUGGUGAGAAAAUGGUUGGAUAUGUAUCCCUCUGUCCAAGAGAAAAAGGUCUGUGUGUGUGUAAAUCUAGAAUUGAAAGCUAGACUCCGUGAUGAUCGAUUAUUAUAAAAAUCCAUCUAGUUCACUAAUGGCCUUUAGAGAAGAAAAUCUACUAUCCUUACGUGGUCUGGCCUACAUACUGGCAAUGUGGCUGACUCUUAACUACCCUCUGGGUAAUUUGAGAUGUGCAACAAAUGCUGGCCCAGUUGGCAAUGCCUACAUCCAUGAACAAAUAAAUGAAAAAAGACCCACAGCAAGCCAGUCAAUUUUAAAAGUAUGCUAAUAUCUUGUUUUAUAAUAUUAAUCCCACUUGUGAACACUGACUGUCUUCCUGUAUGCUGCAUAGCAAAUAUAUAAGCUUAGUUUUGGGCAUAAACCUAGAUUUUUGACAGAGAAGGGAGCUAUUUUAAUUUGUUCAUGGGAUGUAGGUGUCACUGCCAUUUAUCAUCCAUCCCAAACUGACGUGAGAACAUGGUGAGUGGUCUUCUGUCUUCUUAAAACUGCAGUCUGUUUGCUCUACGUAGACCUGUAGUGCUGUUAGAAAGUAAUCGUUGUCAACAAGUAUUGCCACUGGAAGGAAGCAGCUGAUGAUGGUUGAGCGUAGGACACUACCCUGAGGAACUGCAGAGAUGUCUUGGAGCUGAGAUGAUUGAUCUCCAACAACCACAACCAUCUUCCUAUGUGCCCGGUAUAACUCCAGCCAGUACAGAGUUUACCCCCUGAUUCCUAUGCCAAAUGGAUCUUUCACUCAGCACUUCUGGCUGAAGAUUGUUGCAAAUGCUUCAGCCUUUGCUUUUCCAUUGAUGUGCUGGGCUCCCCCAUCAUUGAGGAUGAGGAUAUUUGUGGACCCUCCUCCUCCACUGAGUUGUUUAAUUGUCCACCACUAUUCACAAUUGAAUGUGGCAGGACUGCAGAGUUAUAGAUCUGUUCAUUGGUUGUGGAAUUGUUUAGCUCUGUCACUUGCUGCUUGUGCUGUUUGGUAGUUUCUCCAGGUUGACAUAUCACCUUCAGGUAUGCCUGGUGCUGCUCCUGGCUUGACAGUAAUGGUUGAGCAGGGGAUAUGUUGGCCCAUGAGGUUGCAGAUUGCGCUGGGGUACGAUUCUACUACUGCAGCCGAUGGCCCUCAGUACCUAAUGGAUGCCAGUUUUGAGUUGCUAGAUUUGUAUGAAUCUGACCCAUUAGCACCACACCACAAGAUGGAAGUAUCCAUGACCAAUGAAUGUGUGGUAGUCCCUCCUACCUGUACUGUCAUGGACAGAUAUAUCUGUGAGGAGAUUGGUGAGGAUGAGAUCAGGUAUAUCUUUCCCUCUUGUUGGUUCCCUCAGCACCUGCCAUAGACCCAGUCUAGCAGCAGUGUCCUUUAGGACCCGACCAGCUCGAUGUGUAGUACUGCUGCUGAGCCACUCUUGGUAGUGGGCAUUGAAAUCCCCCACCCAUUCUGCGCCCUUGCCAUCCUCAGUGUAGUUCAACAUGGAGGAGUGCCAAUUCAUCAGCUGAGGGAGGACGGUACAUGGUAAUCAGCAGGAGGUUUCCUUGCGCAUCUUUAACCUGAAGCCAUGAGACUUCAUGAGGUCCAGAGUCAACUUUGAGUGUUGCCCAGGGCAACUCUUCCCAACUGUAUACCACUGUGCUGCCACCUCUGUUGGGUCUGUCCUGCCCAUGGGACAGGACAUAUAUGGGGAUGGUGAUGGUGAUGGUGGUGUCUGGGACAUUGUGUGUAAGGUACGAUUCCAUGAGUAUGACUAUGUCAUGCCUGGACUUCACUGACUGCAAGGGUGGGAGAGGCAGAAAACCUCAGAAUAUUCUAAGUUUUUUCUGAAUUCAUUCACGGGAUAAGGGCAUCACUGGCUGGGUAGUUAAGAGUUGACUGCAUUGCUGUGGGUCUGGAGUCACACGUAGGCCAAACCAGGUAAGGAUGGCCAUUUCCUUCCCUAAAGGACAUUAGUGAACCUGAUGGGUUUUUCCUAACACUUGACAAUAGAUUCACAGUCAUCAUUAGAUUCUUAAUUCCAGAUAUUUAUUGAAUUCAAAUUUCACCAUCUGCUGUCGUGGGAUUUGAACCCAGGUCCCCAGAACGUUAUCUGCGUCUCUGGAUUAACAGUCCAGCGAUAAUACCACUAGGCCAUCGCCUCCCCUGAGGCACUGUGGACAUGCAAUGUCAAGGCAUACAAGGCUAUGGGCCAAGUACUGGAAAAUGGGAUUAGAAUAGUUAGGUGUUGUUUUUGACCAGCACAGACUGAAUGGGCCGAAGGACGUUUUAUGGUGCUGUAGAUUUCUAUGACACAAGAAGCCUAGGUAAUUAUGGUGAGUCCAUGUUGGGGAAAUGUGGUUCAGAACAGUGUCUGAGAUAAAAGUGAGCCUACUUUUACAUCACAGACCUCCCUGAAGGAAGCAAACUUUCCAUUGGAAAUGCCCAAUGUGGCAGUGUGGUGUUUUCAGAGAGGGUGUCCUCAAUUCCCAGAGUGGUGGGAGGUAAAGAACACAAGCAACAAUUUCAGAAAAUACACAAAACUGGAAAUAAUUCACAGCAGCCCAAAUACAAAGUACAGGAGAAACUCCACUGGAGGCACUAUGGAGAAAGAGAGUUAAAAUUUUGACUAUGACUUUUCACUAUAGCUCAAAGACUCAAUUUAACAUUCCGAAAACAAAACAACGCGAUAGAGUUUCUGCUCUAAACGUCACUGACAAAUAGGUGGCAAAUCACCCCCUGAUUAAUGAAGUUCAUGUUUCAAUUCAGGUUCAUUCUCAUAAUGACAAAUGUAAAACCUUCAAUGUACCUGCACAAUGGAGGUGUUAGAAUACCAUCUGCUUUAUAUAAGGCUGGAAACCUGAUACAAAAUUAACAGCCGAAAAUCGAAUAAUCACAAAAAUAAAUAUUUAUAAUUUGUGCCAAGUUACCAACAA